AUGAAAGGAAGGAAUAAUAAUAAUGAGAAGAAUAUAGAGAAUGAGAAAGAAAUAUAUAACGUGAAAGAAGAUCAAAAUGUAAAGGAUAGUAAUGAUAAUAUGAAGAAUGAUGAAUUUAUUUUACAUCAUGACAAUUUAAAAAAUAUAGGAAAUAUGAAUAAACAAAAUGAAAAUUAUAUUAAAUGCACAAAUAAAAUUGAAAGUCAUACAAAUAAUCACAAUAAUAAUAAUAAUAAUAAAAAUAAUGAUAAUGGAUUUUAUAGAGAUCAUAAAAGGUUAGCUUCUUCAUACGAUUAUGAAACGUCAGAAGUAGUAGAUACAUAUGAAGAAGGAAGCAAUAAGUGCUACCAACCAACUAAUAACAUAAAUAAUAAUUUAACGUUAAAACAAAGUUAUAAGAAUAAUAUAAAUGAAGAAUAUUAUAAAACAGAUAGUCUACAAAAUAAUCCAUAUUGCCAACUGGAAUAUAAUAACAACAUAAAUGAACCAUAUAAUAAUAUAAAUAAUGAAUGUUCACAAAGUAAUAUAAAUAAAACGGGGGAUAUAACUAAUCAUAUAAUACUACAAGAAGAAAGAGAAAUAGAAAUAAAAAAUAUAAAAACUGAAGAUAAUGAUAAUGUUAUUAAUGAAGAACAAAAAAUAAAAAGAGAAGAUUCAGAAAAGAAAAAUGAAAUGGGUUAUAUAAAGGAUGAAACAAAUAAUAUUUUUUCAAGUGAUCAGAUUAAUUAUGUAACAAGUGACGAAAAAAAUGAUCUGUCAUCAAACGAUUUGAAUAAUUCCUUAAAAAGUGACGAAAAAAAUGAACUAUCAUCAAACGAUCUGAAUAAUUCCUUAAAAAGUGACAAAAAUAUUUAUAUUCCUACAAACGAUAAGAAUAAUAAUAUACGGUGUGAUAAAAUUAAUUAUAUUUCAUCUAAUGAUAAGAAUAAUCAAGUAAGAUGUGAUAAAAAAAUAUAUAUUUCAUCUAAUGAUAGUCAAAGUGAUUCGUUACCAAAGAAAUCGAUACGAAACAAUGUUGAAGAAUUUAUAAAAAGAAAACUUAUGGAAAAUGAAGAUAUGGCAAAUAAAUUUAAUGUGUUUCAUAUAGGUAUAAACAAAAUCGAAGCCCUUAAAGAUUUAUAUAGAGAAUGUAAAAAUAAUUUUAAUAAAAGCCUUAGAGAAAAAAUAAAUAAAUUACAUGAAUUAAGAAAAUAUUAUAAUGAAGGUAUAUUUGAAAGGAAUAUAAGUGUUGAUUAUAUUACCAAUGCAGAAAAAUUGAAUGCUAUAAAGAAAGAAAGAUUGUCAAGAUUAUUUUUAUAUAUUGAAGAUAUACAUAAAGUAAAACAAGCAUUAAAAGCAAAACAACAUAAUGAUUUAGAAUUAGAACAUGAUGAAAAAAAAGAAUAUUUUUAUGAUGCUUAUGAAGAUAUAGAAGAUUUCUUUAUAUUCGAUCAUGCACUUUCAUGUUUAAAUAAUGAUGUUGAAACAAUUUUUACAGAAUGUGAAAAUUCGUCUUUUUUUCGAGAAGAUUCAAGUAUUGAUAAUUUCUUAGAUGAAGUAAGUAGUAAAGCAGAUGAAGAAUAUAAUAGGUUAAAUAUAUUUGCAAGAUUUUCUUUAAAAAAUUAUUACUUCUUUGAUAUAAAUAAAAACUUAUGUUCCAUUUAUGCAUGCACACCUAUGAUUAUUAAAAAGUUUGCAGAAAAAAUUAAUUCUUAUAAUCUAACAAAAAAUGAAAAAGACAUAAAUAAUGAUAAUGAUAAUCUCGAAAAAAAUGAUUUAGAUUUUACUAUUGAUUCAACCAAUAAUGAAAAACGUAAUAUAUAUGCCAGUUGUGGACUUGAGAGUAAUCAUAAUUUAGAUGCAUACGUUCAGUUUCAUUGUGAUAAGUGGCAAGAAAAUAUGUAUGAUGUUGUUGAAGUUAAUAGUCUUGAAUUAGAUUUUAAUAGAUUAAAAUGUAAUAUAAUGUAA